UCUAGGAUCGUAUUUUCAAGAGGCGCUCGAGUAUGUCUAGGAGAUGAGUAAUCGCAACUGGCGACAUGUAUUAUCGAGCCGAAUUAUGCGUGUUGCCACGCUCGAAGCGAUGGCAAACACCUUGGAGCAAAUCGCCUCCGAUUAGCUGUUAUAUUCUAUUUUUAUCUAUAUUUAUUCCUUCAAACUAUGGCUACCAUACUGAUGAAUGGAUAGUCUUUAAGAAUAAGCAUAUUGACGAAGGCAUGGCAUUCGAGAAAAUGGUUGUCGACCCAUCAAAUACACGAAUAUAUGUGGCCGGCGUUAAUUAUCUGUACGAUUUGCAUUCGUCAGAUCUUUCCGUCAGGGUAGAGGCCGUGACUGGACCAAUGGACGAUUCUGAUCAGUGUAAAGGGGGUCGCAACGACAGCUGCACUGCAAUUCGGCAUAAAACCAACUCUCAUGCUAAGGCGUUAGCAGUGUACGACAAGUCAUCACAGUUGAUAGAGUGUACUAGUCUCUUUCAAGGUCGAUGCCGGCUGCGAAAUCUCCAUAACAUCAGUAAUGUACAGAUCGAAUCACCUGAACCUAUGAUAGCGAACGAUGCCACUUCUUCAGCAGUGGUGUUUGUCGGGAUGGGACCAUCGAAAGAUCCAGUGUUGUACGUUGGCACUACUUUCGUAAGAGGGCCGCUUUUUCGUGACGAUAUCCCUGCCGUCACGUCAUUACGAUUAUCGCGUGGGGAUGGCGAAGCGAAAGAGUUUGAGCUAGCUGACAAAGGACUUGCAACGGGGACCGAGAUCAGCCUGGAAAGAAAGUUCAGAAGUAGCUACAGAAUCGACUACAUAGGUGGAUUUGAGUCUGGACGAUAUGCAUACUUUGCUACCAGGCAGGGAGCCACAAUAGGAGAAGAUGCACCAAUACAAUCUAGGCUCGUUCGAGUCUGCACAGGAGACGCGCAUUUUUACAGCUAUACUGAGGUCCCACUCGAAUGCACCAAAGACGACAUCAAUUACAAUUUAAUUCAAGAUGUUUAUGUUGCAACGGCUGGUUACAAUCUUGCAAAGUCGUUCGGAAUCAGCGAGGGCGAUGAAGUCCUUUACGCAGUUUUUGUGGCAGAUGACACCGCCGCUUUUCAAAGAAAUUUUCCCACCCGUCGCUCAGCGGUAUGUGUUUAUCCCAUACAAAAACAUGUAGAGAAGAAGUUCGAGGAGAACAUCAUGGAGUGUUAUCGGGGAAAAAAUCUCAAGCAACUGCCUUGGUUCAAGUCGUCUGAUGAAUGCAAAGGAACUCACCUGUCUUGGAAAGAUGUGGAAUGUGGUCAGGAUGUCAACAAAAACAUCGGAGGAGGUAAACCAAUCUCGUCUGAACCUUUGCUGACAGUCGACGAUGCCCGAUUCACUGCCAUCGCCAUCAACACAACGCGCGGAGCUACGGUAGCAUUUAUCGGCACCGAUGAUGGACGGAUACUUAAGACUAUCCUUCACGACUCGACUACAGCUGAAGUAUACGCUACUGAAGAGGUAUCGUCGAGCCAUGAACCGAUUCUUGCUGAUCUCGACUUUAGUGAAAACGGCCAGUAUGCCUAUGUACUCACCCCCAGCAAGCAAAGAAAUAACAAAGGAGUCUCGCACAAAGCAGCUAUGCUUCUUUCCAAUCCGGCGUUUCGAAAAAUUGUGCGGGUGCACGAGAUGAUAUGUAAAUUACUGCCUGCACUUCCCAAAUAUGUAUCGGUGGAAAAUACGCUCACCAACGAUGUCAAUAUGCUCAAACAUCGGCUAAUGGAUGCACCUGGGGACGAUUCGAUUUUCGUUUUGGUGUAG